AUGAUUUUGGCAAUAUUGCUUAUACAUAUAGCUUCAUGCUCGCCACUAGUUAUUAUUGCAAUAAGCCAGCAUAGCAGCCAAAGCCUGAUAAACAAAAUAAUUGACUCUUUCCAAAGCUCCAGUUUGAAUUUCAUAGAAGUAAAAUUAUCAAAAAUAAUCCAAGAAGAUUCUCUUGACAGCUUUAUGGGAGAAAAUAGCAUUAUAAUCGAUGCCACUUACGAUAUCUUUUUACAAGUAAAGCUUUCUGAAGCUGCAAAAUUAAAUUCUGCUGUACAUAUAAUAGUUCGAGAGCCAUUUGAAAAAUUUUCUGACUGGGACUUUUUUACACUGCUUCCUAUGCGAGCUCACUAUGAAGCUAUAAGUAGCUUUUUACUUUAUCUAAAUUGGUACCAAUAUAAUUUGAUUUAUAGUGAUUCAGCGAAUGCAAUAAAGCUCAAUAGUCUAUUUUAUUGAGAAAUAAAUAAAAAGCAGGACUUUUGCUAUUCAAAUGAUAGAAACGAAGAUGCCACUGAUUAUUUUAUUGGAAAAGAGGUAAAAACAACAGGAUUAAAAAAUGCUGUUAUUAUAAAUGAAGGAGAAGGAGCAAAGAAGUUAAUAAGGUCAUUCAUAAAAAAUAAAAUUUACAUUAAAAACGCAGGAAUAGUAUUAUGAAGCAAAGGCAUAUGAGGGGCAGAAGAAGAAGGACUUAUAAUUAUAGUGCAAGAGGGUCUUGAAUUUGUAAAAAAUUCAGAUGAAUAUGAAGCUGCUUCAGUGUUAAAUUUUCUUGAAAAAAUAUAUACCCUGUCGGAAUCAACUUUUGUAAUUAAAAAAUACUUACUCGCCCGUGAGUGACAAAAAAACAUUGUUCUCAAUGAACAGGGUUAAUUUUUUUUUAAAAAAAUUUAAUAUAAAUCAUAGUAAACAUUUUUUUUUAAAAAUUGAGAAGUAAAAAUUAAUUUAAUUUCAAAGUUUAAUUUUAAAGUGAGCUGUUUAAAAUUAAUCAGAAUUAGCUAGAGAUUUCAUUAUAAUAAUUAUCAUUUAUAUAUCAAUUUUUUUCAUAAACAAAUUUUCUAUUAAAAACUUUUUUUCGUUCACCUGAUUGGGUUUUUGGGCAAAAAGUAGAUAUUUUUUCCAAUGGUUUUGUUCGCUCACAGAGGGGGAGUUAGAAUCAGAAAGAGGAAACUAUAGAUUUUCUAUUGUCAAUAUCCAAAACGCCAAGAGAGUAAUAAUUGGAACCAUUUUUAAUGGCCAAGUUAAUCUAUUCAAAACUCCACUAUUUCCUGGAAACACAUAUGAUUUUCCUGAUUCAAGCAAUUCAAAGAUAAAAAUAUCGAUUUCUGAUGGUAUUACAAAUUAUGACGGGGUUGUUCACAGAGGCACAUGAAUUAUAAGGAUUCCAACGCUAUAUGCGAUCAAUUAUGCGAACAAAACAAACCUAAUUAAAAAUUUUUCAUUAGAACUGCAUGAAACUGAUUGCAGCGCAGAGUAUUAUGAACACGAUUUUUCAUAUAAUUGCUUUUUAAAUCAGAAAGAAAAGUUUGGAGUCAUUUUCAUACCGUCAAUUCAUGAUGAAGUAUGCUUAGGGACCAUUAGUGAUUUCAGAGAAAUGGGAUUAAAAAUUCCUAUACUUGGGGAUUUUUGCCUUUCUCCUGCUCUUAAUGACCAAAGCCAAUUCCCUGAAUUUGCCCGAGUGGUAAAAGGUUUUGAGCUCCAUUCCGCGACAAUGGCCCACAUGAUGAGGAUUUUUGGCUGGAAAAAUGUGGUUGUCAUGUAUGAAAACACGACCUUAGGAAUUACCCUAUACAAAGGCUUUAUGAAUGUAGCAAAUGUAAAUGGGAUAAAGGUCCUAAAUGACGAAGAUAAAAGAAUGAUCAAGGCUUCUUAUUCUGGUAAAGAUUUUGAAGAAUAUAAAGGCCAUCUUACCCAUGCGAUCCAAACAAAUGGUAGAAUAUUUGCUCUUUUCGUGUUUGUUGAUCUUUCGAGCCAUUUCUAUUUAACAUCCCAUUUAUAUGAUUUAGGACUAAGAAGGGGCGAUGCUAUUUUUUUGUUUUACCAGACUAUUUCGUGGUUUCCCUACUAUGCAGUUGGCCUAGAAGCAGAAGUUAUUUCUAAAUGUAAAGAGCUAUAUAGCCCGUUCCCGGCUAUAGAUCGGGCUUAGCCCGAUCUUUGCCAGAAACUCGGGGGUUGUCUACGUCACCUUGGGUGACGAGGAAACUCGGGGGGUUGUCUACGUCACCUUUGGUUACGAGUCAACUUGGGUGACGAGUCAACUCCCCGAGUUGGCAAAUCACCAUAUAGCGGCUAUUUGCCAACUCGGGGAGUUAACUCGUCACCUGAAAGCGACGAAGACAACCCCCCGAGUUUCCCGGCAAAGAUCGGGCUAAGCCGAUCUAUAGCCAGGAACGGGCUAUAUUAUGGGUCGCUAACUUUUUUCCAAGCUGAGUGAAUUGGAGAUUUUGGGAAGCAAGCUUAUGAAGGCAUCAAAAAAUGAUGGGGUAGUUCUCCUGUGUCCUAUCAUUGCCACGCUUUUAACACUGGGUGGCUUGCCAUAAAUGCGAUUAAUACUUUAAUCCAGUUUGGAGAAGAUUACACAGACCGUGAUACUCUUCUAAAAUCAAUCAGGAGGCAAAAGAUCAUCAGCUGCACCGGAAAAUUAGUAAUGUCACCUACUGCAAAUGAGCCUGGAGAGAUGAUCGUGGGGAUUAACAACCUGAUACCUAAUUCCACAACUGGGGUAUGGGAAGAUUUUCCAGUCGGCUCUUAUUCAAUUAUGAGAAACCCGGUGCUGACUUUUGACCAAAAUAUUAUUUGGCCUGAUGGUGGAUCUAAUCCUCCUAGUGACAUCAGAGUAAAUUCACUUAAUUGCCCAUUUUCCUAUAAGCAGAUUCAAGACUCUGACAAAGGGGAAGCUAUAUAUUAUAGUAUCAUUGCAUUUUGGACUACUUUAGGUUUGGCAACAUCAUUAAUUUAUAUGUCAAAGUAUUGGAGCUCAUCAUUUCCUAUUAUUCAGGAUAAAAGAGAAAUAAAAUUCCGAGAUUGAUUAGCUGCUUUUAGUUUAUUGAUAGAGACCUUACAACUUUUAACUUUAAGUCCUGAAUUUAUUUAUUCAAAAAUUUCUAAUGGUUUUGAUUAUAUAUCAGGAAAUUUAGCAAAUACCACAACAUAUGACAGUAAAAUUUUCUGACCAGGAAUUUAUACAGCCUUAAUAGUCUGCUUGGUGACGCUAACUUUUAACCUGUUAUUAAUUUUUAAAAUUGAAGAAAAAAGCAGACUCUCUUUUUUUGUAGUAGCUUGCGGGGUUUCAAAAGAGCUGCUGCCACAUAUUAGCAACUUAUUCUUCAUCCCUGUCAUAAAUUCUCUGUUUUCUCUAUUCCGAUGCACAAAAGGAACAAGUCUGAAUGUCCUUGACUCAUUUUUAUAUGGCGACUGCAAUUAUUUCUGCUGGCAAGAUUUACAUUUACUUUUUGCAGUUCUUGCUUUAAUUUCCUUGCUUUUUUUUAUUCCUAGUGCAAUCUUAUGGAGACCUUAUUAUGAAUCUCUUAGCUCUGAUAAAAAUAUUUAUUGCAAUGAGCAUUAUUUAAUCGCAAAAAGCACCAUUCAAAUAGUUGCGAUUACUUUAAAAUCAACUAUAGGGAAUUACAGUAAUUCCUUACAUGGCCUUUUGUACAUUUUCUGUCUCACGCUUUUUUUAGCUUAUUCGAUUUUCUAUAAACCUUAUAAUUAUAAUAGAAUGAACUUAUGAGCCCUACUUUCAAUUCUGGCAGUAAUGUGGAGCUCAAUUCUAUCGUCUAUUUAUUCAUUAGCUAACAGCAGCAUCUUUAUAUGAGUACCUUUAUUAAUCUUUGGGUGACUAUGUUUAGCUGUUUUUGGGUAUGCCUUUCAGGAAAGAUUUUAUCCGAGCUUUUUGUACUCUGUGCAUGGAAAGGAUAUCAGCUUGCUUUUCAAGUUUGAAUUUUCAACAAGAAUUACACUGGAUGAAGUUUUUGGGGCUGUGAAGAAUAAAUAUUCAAUGAUAGACUCCAGCAGUCGAUUUGACUUGGCUAAUAGGGAUUUGAGCUCUAUAAGUUAG